AUUGCUGAUUUUUCUGUCACUGCCAACAGAAAACUUAUCCAAGUCCCAACAGCCACAGGUCACACAGCAACUUGUAUUGUAUUCAUCUUCAAAUUCCACUUCCAUUUCCAUUGCAUCUUCCUUCAAAAACCUCUGAGAAACACCAAACAUGGUUGUGGUGGGUGUGUCCCAAGCCAUCUCAAGCACCACCAGAACCCAACUCAGAACCCCAUCUUGUUUCAAUUCCCACCCUAAGAAACCACCAAGCUUCCUUCUGGGUUCGACCAACCCUCUUCAAACCACCAUAUCAAUCUUCUCCAGAAGGAACCAAAGCCACCAACACCACUGUUGCCGCUGCACCGUCAAUUCCAACGACACUUCUCUCAACUGGGAUUGGAACCGAUGGUGCCGCCAUUUCUCUGAAAUUGAACAGGCUGAGAGCUUCGCCUCUGUUCUCAAGUUUCAACUUGAAGAUGCUAUUGAAAAUGAAGACUUUCAAGAAGCAGCUAAGUUGAAGAGGGCUAUAGAAGAAGCAACAUCCAAGGACAGUGUUGCUGAGAUUAUGUCUCAGUUGAAGAAUGCCAUAGAUGAUGAACGCUACCAUGAUGCUUCAAGAUUAUGCAGAUACACGGGAAGUGGACUGGUGGGUUGGUGGGUAGGGUACUCAAAAGAUUCGGAUGACCCCUUUGGUAGAAUAAUACACAUAAGUCCUGGUAUGGGUAGAUUUGUUGGCAAGAGUUACAGUCCAAGACAGUUGAUCACAGCUUCUACUGGGACACCAAUAUUUGAAAUUUUUGUCGUAAAAAAUGGUGACGACACAUAUCAUAUGCAGGUAGUGUACUUGCGACGAGCUAAAGGUAAUUCAGUGAGUAACCCUCAAUCUAUACCAGCUAAAAGCACAUCCAAACCUGAGUUUGAGAAUGCGUCUUCAGUUGAGACGCAGGAACAUGAAGAGAAGGUUGAGAAAAAUGAUAAUAAAAACAGUAAUAUCGAGGGAGCAACUGAGGAGGGCAUUAAAAGUGUCCUAAAUUUUCUUAAAGAAAAAAUUCCAGGAUUGAAAAUCAAAGUUAUGAACAUCAAUGUUGGAGAGGAAGCAGCUGAGGACAACGAUUCUAUUAAGCAAUUGAUGGAGGAAGAUAGUAAUAAAACAAGCUCCAGUGAGAGUCCUGAAGAGGAAGCUAAUAAUCUGGAUGAACCUGAUGGGGUCACUCUAGAAGGAGAUAGUGAUGCCUCAGAAGAAGAUAAGGAUUUGGAUACGAAGCUUUUUAUUGGUGGGGUUGUACACAGCAAUGAAGAUACUCCUGUCAAGGAUGAAUUUAUUCGUCUUCCAGCUGAAAUAAAGGAUAUGGAAAGGGAUUCUUUCCUCUUUCAUAUUCCUAGGAGAAAUCUUGAUCAUGAUACGAGAGAAGAUAAAGUUCCCAAUAUCAAAGUGGCAGCACUAGCAGCACAAGGAAUCUCAGAACUCAUGCCUCCUGAUGUUGCUAAGGCAUUUUGGAGUUCUGACAAAGUCUCUUCUAAGGUUUCCAAAAGCAUGCUUGAAAUUGUCAAACUUGCUGUAAGUCAAGCACAGAAAAGUAGUAGAUUAUCUGAGGAUACAUAUUUUAGCCGGAUUACCAGUUCUAGAGGGGAUUUUGAUCCUUUUGAUGGACUCUAUGUUGGUGCAUUUGGCCCUUAUGGCAUUGAAAUAGUGCAAUUGAGGCGAAAAUUUGGACAUUGGAAUGAUGUGGACAAUGAAAACAACGCUUCAGAUAUGGAAUUCUUUGAAUAUGUUGAGGCAGUGAAGUUGACUGGGGAUCUUAAUGUUCCUGCUGGCCAGGUGACAUUCCGUGCUAAAAUUGGCAAGGCCAAUCGCAAGGGCAGCCGUGGGAUGUAUCCUGAUGAAAUAGGAGUGGUUGCAAGUUAUAAAGGCCAGGGAAGAAUAGCAGACUUUGGUUUUCGAAAUCCAAAAUGGGUUGAUGGGGAACUGCUCCAACUUAAUGGCAAGGGCAUGGUACCAUACAUGAAAGGUGCAGAUCUUGGGUUCCUUUAUGUUGUGCCUGAGCAAAGUUUUCUUGUGCUAUUCAACCGAUUGAAACUACCAGAGUAAGCCACAAGACCCUACUCCUGUCUAAUACCUUUCUUCUCUGACGCAAGGUGGGACAUGAAGGAUUCUGACACAAGAAAUGCGAGUACUAUGUUACCUUUUUUUAUUUAGCGAUAGUUUUACCAAAACGCAGGCACUUGAAAUUUUUCUAGCCCCAAUCCUUUCAGAAGUUAAUUUUUUGUUGUUCCUUUACCCAAUCUCUUUGCUAUCAUCAUGUGUAUAUAAAUUUUGCUGACUGACAAAAUAGUGUGAUAGGAACUCUAGAAGGACCUUAAGGGAUCUUUUAUGUGCAUUAUGGGCUAUGGCUGUGUGUGCCACUGUGCCUCCUUUCUUGUUUGUCUAACUGCUUGAAAGGAAGCAAUUAAUAGUUAAAUUUGAUAAUAAAGAGCUGCAGACCUGUGGUAAU